CGGAGCCACCGAGCUGCGAGGACGCCUGGCUGGAACUGCCCUCUGCAGCUGAGCCGGCGCCCCCUGCCCUCCGCGCGCGGCGUGGGGCUGGCGCCCCCGCCGCCCUCGCUCCGCUCCUCCCGGCUCUCCUCCCCGCUCUCCUCUCGCAGGUCCCGGAGCUCCUACACCGCGGGUGCGGCGCAGCCGGCGUGAUGCGGCAGCUGUGCCGGGGCCGCCUGCUGGGCAUCUCGGUGGCCAUCGCGCAUGGGGUUUUCUCGGGCUCCCUCAACAUCCUGCUCAAGUUCCUCAUCAGCCGCUACCAGUUCUCCUUCCUGACCCUGGUGCAGUGCCUGACCAGCUCCACGGCGGCGCUGAGCCUGGAGCUGCUGCGGCGCCUCGGGCUCAUCGCCGUGCCCCCCUUCGGCCUGAGCCUGGCGCGCUCCUUCGCGGGGGUCGCAGUGCUCUCCACGCUGCAGUCGAGCCUCACGCUCUGGUCCCUGCGCGGCCUCAGUCUGCCCAUGUACGUGGUCUUCAAGCGCUGCCUGCCCCUCGUCACGAUGCUCAUCGGCGUCCUGGUGCUCAAGAACGGCGCGCCCUCCCCGGGGGUGCUCGCGGCCGUGCUCAUCACCACCUGCGGCGCUGCCCUGGCAGGAGCCGGGGACUUGACCGGUGACCCCAUGGGGUACGUUACCGGAGUGCUGGCGGUGCUGGUGCAUGCCGCCUACCUGGUGCUCAUCCAGAAGGCGAGCGCUGACACCGAGCACGGGCCGCUCACCGCGCAGUAUGUCAUCGCCGUGUCUGCCACCCCGCUGCUGGUCGUCCUCUCCUUCGCCAGCACCGACUCUAUCCAAGCCUGGGCCUUCCCUGGCUGGAAGGACCCGACGAUGGUCUGCAUCUUCUUGGCCUGCGUUCUGAUCGGCUGCGCCAUGAACUUCACCACGCUGCACUGCACCUACAUCAACUCGGCCGUGACCACCAGCUUCGUGGGGGUAGUAAAGAGCAUCGCCACCAUCACAGUGGGCAUGGUGGCCUUCAGCGACGUGGAGCCCACCUCUCUAUUCAUUGCCGGCGUCGUGGUGAACACCCUGGGUUCCAUCAUUUACUGUGUCGCCAAAUUCUUGGAGACCAGAAAGCAAAGCAACUACGAGGACCUGGAAUCGCAGCCCAGGGGAGAGGAGGCACAGCCAGGCGGAGAGCAGCUGCCAUUUGUCAUGGAGCAGCUGCCAGAGGAGCAGCCGCCAGAGGAAGGUGGAAGUGGCUGGUCAGAAGGUGGGAAGGCAGCAGGUUGCUCCGCUCAGCAAAGGGGGCAAGAUGCGAGGGGCAGAGGAGUCCCGCUGUUGGCAGGUAGCUCUGAAGAAGCUAGCAAAAGGUCAUUAAAGGAUGCUUACCUGGUAGUGUGGAGGUUGGUCAGGGGUACCAAGUAUAUGAAGAAAGAUUAUUUGAUGGAAAAUGAGGAGUUACCCAGUCCUUGAAAAGGAAACACAUAUAUGUAUAUAUGUACAUAUAUACUUAUUUUAUAUGUUAGAGAUAACAUAUUUUAAUGAGGGGCUGCCCAAUUUUAUUCUUUGAGGAGUGGGGAAGGGAAGCAAAGAAACAAUCUGAAAUGGACAGCAACCAAAUUAGCACCUGUGUGAAUUAUUUAGCAUCCCUUCACCUGAGGCAACGUAAAGACAAAAGAAUACGAAGGUGCGUAACAAAGUUAAGACGGCAGUCUCAGCUGCAGACUCCUGGCACGCUUGGGUUUGUUUUGUUUUGUUUUUUGACAUAAUAGCGAUAACCAAAUGUUUGCAUGUUCUGGGUCCCUCAACCACCUCCUCCAAUGACUGAGUGUAGAAACAGGGAAUCAAAGAUUCCAUCCAGAGGCACAUUUUUGAUGAUAAAGCCACAGUUUUCUAUGGCCAGCUGGGCAAAGAGUAUAUUAUUGAAAAGACAUGUAAAUACACUGAAUUGAUGUUUACUGUUUCUGGUCAUCUGAAAUAUGUUUACUCUGAUUUCUCUUUACCUGUUUUUUUAAA